AUGGCUGAUUAAUUAUUCUUUUACCCACUAUGUUCUCUAGAGCGUAAAUUUCCAUAUCUCUACGUGCUUGAGAUUGCAGGAAUCAAGGUGAUGUGGAGCCAGGGAUUCCCUCUUCAUGAUCUGAUGUAUUUGACGAUUCAAUAGAAACUAAAGAAGGUGAAGUUGAAUGAAUCUAAAGACUACUCAUCCAAGGAAGGGGAAUACUUGUUCAUGAACAAUACAGUGAGGUUCGAUUUGCAAUUCAUCAAUCACAUCAUCUUCAAUGAAAUUGAUGUUUUUCUGGUAUGCACUUAGAUGGAUCUGUGUUUGCUGAAUUACUUGGUUAGAUUGAAGCAAUUCAAGCCUUAAAUCAUAUGCACCAAUGCCACGUACCUUUUGGGUUAGCAUUUCAUCAAAGAACUUUAUCAGUGGUCUGAGAUAAGGAAUCGUCACUUCUAUUCCUUCCAGGAAAACUACAGCAAGGAAGAGGAAUCUUUCAGAUGUUUCGAAGAACUCUAUCACACCAAUUUCUAGGAAUUCACAGAGGCAUUCCCAUUCAAAGAGCUGGAUUGCACCCUCGUCAAUUACGGAUAGAUCGUCAAGAUUCCCUUGCUCUAAAUCUAAGAAGCCAUAUCCAUCGAAGCCCAAUCCAGUGGAACCGGCAUUGGAGAUUCAGCAUAUAUAAUAUCCCUGGGUGAUUACUUCAAACUUGUUGUUGCCACCAAUCUCAACAACACCAAUAUGACCUACGCUCACAAGGAAAUAUCCAUGAAACUCAAGGCGGCUGAUUAUCUCAUCUAUGGUAUGCCGUAAAGCAGAAUCAACCAUUCCUUCCUGUCUAAGACCUACGAAUUCUUAAAGUAGAGCCAAAAUGUUGUCAUCCCCUUCAACUCAUACUAGACAAUACUAGACUUGCAAGAUGAGAUAGAUGACCAUUUAUAACAUUAAUGCUUUAAGAUAUUCAUCAUAAGUUCAGAAUUCCACAAUUACACUCUAAUUGCUAAUUCCUUAGUGGAAUACCUCAACAAUAAGUUGUAAGCAAGCAUCAUGAAAGAAAACCCACAGAACCCUUUCAACAAAAUCCUCUAUCUAAUUAAAACCCAAAAGAUUAUUGUGGUUCCUUCCAUUGAAAAAAUCAAAUUCGAAGGAUUCUCUCUCAACGAAACUCUCAAAGGCAUCACUCCAAGUGUUUUCUUCAUCUUUGACAGUAGUCUUCGAUUGGCUCAGGCUGUAUUUCUAUUUGAUCUACUUGAACAAAUCGGUUAAAUGGUGACUAUCUACACUCAAAAAGUCAGCAAUGCAGACCUUUCCUUUGGCUUACAAUUGAUUGAUCCAGAAUUCUACGACGAAAAACUAUUGCAUCAAAUCAAGUCCUCAUACAAAUUUUGCAUUGCUAAAACACCAAUCAACAAUCAACCUGAUUUCAUCCCUUGGCCUGAUUCCUCUAUUAAAACAUUCCUUAUUCCAGAAUCCUCCACUAUCCAAACCAAAUCCUUAGUACUCAAUUACAAGAUGCUCUAAAAAAUUGCCUUGAGAAUCAAUUAAAUCACCGUCCCAAUCUAACCAAAAUUAUCAGGAUCUGGAAAGAACAUCCUUGGCAACAUUGAACUCAGCAACGUCAAAGUGAAUAUCGCUGACAAUAACGAGGCUGAACUACAGAAGUCUUCUCCUCCUGAUGUCUAGUACAUAGUAGGAUACAUCCAGGAGGAAACCAUCAGGAGAAUUUCAGAAGAAAUACAAAAACAAUUCGGUCUCUUCCCACAAUACUAGUCCUUGCAACAUAUUGAAUUCAUCAAUGUGGACAACUAAAUCUGUGCCAAGGUGGAGAUCUUAUAAAAUGAGACCAAGGUCUAUGCUAAAACUCAAGAUGAUAUUAAGAGAAUAUCUGAUAUUGUAUAUAGAUGUUUAACAAUACGCAAAUUAUGA